CAUUUUAUCUAAGAUAAAUUUUCUCUCCGAAGAUACUGUUCGAUUUCUGGUCAAAAUGAGAUCUACGUUGGUGUUUUUGUGUCUUGUGGUCGCAGUUUUUGCUAAUCGUCUUCCUGAAACUGAAAGGGCAAGGCUGGCGCUGAUCCAUGGAGAAUGCCAAUCCGAUCUCAGGACCAACUGCGACGAAAAUCUCCUGAGAAACCUCGCAGCUAACGCCAACAAUCGCCAGGUUGGAGUCCACAUGCUCUGCAUGACGGUGAAAGAAGGUCUUCAGAAGGGCAACGGAGACCUAAACAAGGAAGUCAUUAGGAGCAAAAUCGAAUUAGUAUCUCAAGACAGCUCCAGGGUAGACGAGCAUCUGCAGAAAUGUGCUGUGAAGAAGGAGUCUCCUGAGAAGACAGCGGUUGCUUUGGUGCUCUGUUUCGUCCAGAAUAGAAUACCAUACUAUCAUCAAUUGUAAAUCUGAUAAGACUACUCGAUUGAAUUCUACCUACUAUUAUAGUAUAUAAU